AUGCAGAACAGCCAGCCGACGCCUCCACCUGAGAAGCGCAGCUCCAACAUUGGCUACUACUCGGAUGCCCCCGCCAAUGCCCCGCCGCCCGCCUACCCCUCUGCCCCUGUGGUCCCCGCCGGCCCCCCCGUCCUCUGCCACGCCUCGGCCAUGUACCAGUACAACGCCCAGGACGCCGGCGACCUCGCCCUCAUGCCCAACGACAAGAUCACCGUCACCGAGUACAUGAACAACGAGUGGUGGAAGGGCCGCAACGAGCGCACCGGCAUGGACGGCAUCUUCCCUGCCAGCUACGUGCGCAAAGAAGAGAAAGCCGUAGCCCCCGCCUACAACGCCGCGCCCGCCCCCUCCAACUACGGCAACAUGCCCCUCGACGUGGCCUCGGGCGCUCAGCAACAGCAACCCGCUCCCGCCACACCAGGCGAGCCCAGCAAGGUCGAGCAGCAGGGCAAGAAGUUUGGCAAGAAACUCGGCAAUGCCGCCAUUUUCGGUGCAGGUGCUACGAUUGGAAGUAACAUUGUUAACUCCAUUUUUUAA